GCCCCAAACCGCAUCCCCUUCGACCAGGGCGUCAGCGUCGGCCGCCUCCUCUACAGCAUCGAAGACCUUGUCGUUACGCACCUCGAAAACUUCAUGAACUGGCACAUACCAAUCCCGAUGGCUCUUCAGUGGGCGCUAGAUUUCGUGUACGCAGUUGCUAACUUUAUGUUUCACCUGUGCAAGACUCAAAAUGUACCUGAUGCACUGGCCGACAUACUGUUCCAGGUGUAUGACCGAAAAGAGCGCUACAAGCAGCGAAAGUGCAAAGAGGAAUACACUUGCUUAGUAGAGACAAUGUAUAAAAAGUGCGUGCGUGAAGUUCUCGAGGACUUAUUUGCAAAGUGGAACCCUAUCAACACGCAGGAGUUCAUCAGGGGCAUAGACAAGGCGUUGACGAGGACGCAGUGGAGAUAUUACCCCUUAACAAUGUUGUGCUGGUAGCU